GCAGGCCAUAUAUGCAUAUUCCUGCCUAAAUUCCAUUGCGAAAUCAACUUCAUUGAGUACUUCUGGGGUGCGGUGAAACAUUACCUCCGAGAACACUGCAAUUACACCUUUGACACUCUCCGGGAGAACAUGCCGAAAGCCUUGUGGUCUGUUUCAGUGGAACUGAUCCGGAAAUGGGAAUAUCGUGCAUGGAGAUUCAUUGACGCAUACACUGAGGGUCUGGGAGCUCGCGAGGUGCAGAAGAAAGUUGAGGAGUUCAGUUCCCAUAGGUAUAAGUCUCACCGUCAUGUAUCGGAACAGCUGGCGCAAGCAAUGGACAUUGCAUAA